AUGGCUCCCAAGCGUAAGGCAGACUCUUCUUCUUCUGAUGGUAGUGCAUCAAAGAAGAGAAAGGUCAUUAUAAAGAGAUCACAAAAGGGAGAAACACCAACAAACAUUGGCCGUUUGCUUGGCCUUAGUCGUUCCACUGUGGCUACCAUCAUCAAAGAUAAAGAGCACAUUAUGGAACAUGUGAAAGGAUCUGCUCCUAUGAAAGUGACAGUGAUAACCAAGCAACGUAGUGGUCUAAUUAUUGAGAUGGAAAGAUUGUUGGUGCUUUGGUUGGAAGAACAAAAUGAACGGCGUAUUCCAGUGAGCCUUUUGGUGAUUCAGGAGAAGGCGAAAAGAUUGUUUGAGGCACUGAAAGAAGAAAAGGGGGAAGGAAGUGAAAGUGAAGAGUUUGUGGCUAGUAGGGGUUGGUUUAUGCGAUUUAAGGCUCGGGCCAAUUACCUUAACCUUAAAGUGUAA